AUGAAGAGCCACACCUUUAUCAUCUUCACCAGCAUUGGGAUCUAUUGUGCCACUUUCCACACGUCAGCAUGGUCUGUAAACAACUUUCUGAUGACGGGACCAAAGGCGUAUCUGACCUACUCCACCAGCGUGGCUGUGGGGGCCCACAGCGGGAUUGAAGAAUGUAAACAUCAGUUCACCUGGGAGCGCUGGAACUGCCCAGAAAGUGCCCUGCAGCUCUCGACUCAUAACAGACUGCGGAGUGCUACCAGAGAAACCUCUUUUGUUCAUGCCAUCAGCUCGGCUGGAGUAAUGUACACGCUCACCAGAAACUGCAGCAUGGGGGACUUCGACAACUGUGGCUGUGACGAUUCCAGGAAUGGCCGUGUAGGUGGCCGAGGAUGGGUCUGGGGAGGCUGCAGUGAUAAUGUGGAAUUUGGCGAGAGAAUUUCCAAACUAUUUGUGGAUGCUUUGGAGACAGGACAAGAUGCCAGAGCUUUAAUGAAUCUGCAUAACAAUGAAGCAGGGAGACUUUCUGUGAAAGCAACAAUGAAGAGGACGUGUAAGUGUCACGGGGUAUCGGGCAGCUGCAGCAUCCAGACCUGCUGGCUCCAGCUUGCUGAGUUUCGAGAAAUUGGGAAUUAUCUGAAGAUCAAAUAUGACCAGGCCCAGAAGCUGGAGAUGGACAAGAAGAGGAUGAGAGCUGGGAAUAGUGCCGACAGCCGUGGGGCCACCGCAGAGACCUUCAGCAUGGUGCUAGCCACGGAACUUGUCUUCCUGGAAGACUCUCCCGAUUACUGCGUCAGGAAUGCCAGCCUGGGCCUCCAUGGCACUGAGGGGCGGGAAUGCCUGCAGAGUGGCAAGAACUUGUCUCAGUGGGAGAGGAGGAGCUGCAGGAGGCUCUGCACGGAGUGCGGCCUGAAAGUGGAAGAGAAGAGGACUGAAAUCGUCACCAGCUGCAACUGCAAGUUCCACUGGUGCUGCGUGGUGAGAUGCCAGCAGUGCAAGCAGGUGGUUACCAAGCAUUACUGCUCCAGAAGAGACGGCUCUUCCCCCAGCACCCCCAGGCGCCGGAACCGGGGGCACAAGAGAUAA